CGUCUACACAUUAUAUGCCUCUAGUUGUAUCUGUCUAUCAUGUUCUUCAGCAACCUAGAGCUUGUUGAUGCUGUGAAGAAACUUCUUGAUGUCCAUGACCAUACACUCAAAAGCCAAGCAACUAUUAUCUAAUGAGCAGCGAGCAGCAACACUUCUCAGACUUGCAGCUUCACGUCAUGCUCUCAAUCUCGCUUUGGACUAAAGAGAAGAUCUUUGACUGAAGCACUGAGGCUAAGUUCUCUUGUUUGCUCCAUGACGGUCUGUGAGACCCAUCAAUCUGAAGCACAAUUUGCUUCAUAUGGACCCCCGACGAACUAGCCUAUGAGGGUGCCCUCAUGGGCUUCAACUUGAUCCUUUACCCUCGAUGGCAGAUUCCUUUUGCAGUGAGUCUGAAUUCAGGCUUUCAAGUUCAGCGCAGCAUCUUGUGCCCUUCUCAUCCGGGUUCGCCACUGAUGUGCAGCUAGGCUGGGACAUCUAUGGCGAAGGACCAAUCCGUGUUCUUGUCCUAGCAGGAGCGACCCAGUCACGAGAAUCAAACAUCCCUAUCGUUCAGUCUCUGCUCCAGCAGAAUGACUACACUGUCUUGCUCAUCGACCACCCUGGCGCGCCAAAUCAUGCUGGCCAUGCCAAGCUGCAUACUUGGAGCACCCGAAACAUUGCAAAGCUACUGAUUCUUGCUAUUCAAGAAAUAGGUUGGUAUGCAGGUCCUGCCAUACACAUUUGCGCCACCUCGCUCGGUGGCUUGGCUGCAAUGCAUAUUGGCUUGGAAGUACCACGUAUUGUCGCCUCAUUGACUCUUGUCUCCGUGUAUGCACGCUAUCAACAACCUUGUAUGCGUGGGUCUAGGAGAAAGAUUCUAAGCCUAGUCACUGCACCUUGGACAAAGGAAUGCUACGCGAAGGCUGAGAUGAGAUUGCUCUAUUCACGGUCAUACUUGGAGCUGCCAGACCCAGCUGGCGUCUUUGCGACACAACGAGAAGCUCUCGAAAGAGAGACAUUGAACCGGCUCAACACUGCAAUGCAAGGCUUCUACGGCUUUCUGGGUCAGAAUUGGGCUUGCAGAUGGCAUCAUUUGAGUCGAGCGCAGCAGGAAAGGCUCGGUCAGCAAGUUUCACAGAUCUUGCUGGUGACAGGAGCCAAGGAUAUUAUUGUCAGUCCGAACUGCGGCAAAAAGUUGGCCAAGCGACUCAAUUGCCCUGUGCAUGUCUUUGAGAGAUGUGGCCAUUCGCCGCAGCGUCAAGAGCCUGAUGUGUUUCAUGCGUUACUCAAGGCACACAUUGAACGAGCUGAGCUGUCUCAUCAUGCUGUCCGAUUCUCCCUCUCAGCAUGAUGCAUCUCGCUGUAUAGUCCAUCAUACUCUUGCUCGUGCAUCCCACGUAGAAUUCCAUCGGCAGAUUU